UAGGGCCCGCUACUGUACAGCCCUACCCAGCCCAAGUCGGUUUUCCCCAAUCCAGUCAUCUCGUCGGCCGCACGCAUCCACCCCAUCACCGCCGCCGUCUCGCGCCCGUCUCGUCCGGCUCGUCCCAACCUCGAGGCCACCCGCCGGCGACCGAGCGUCCAUGACGGAGGAGCGCAUUUCCAGGGCCUCAGACGAGCCCCCCACCGCGACCAAGCAGAGGAAGAAGAGGAAGUGGGAUCAGCCCGCAGAGGACUUGGUCGCCGCGGCUGCGGCUGCUGCUGCUGCUGCGGGACUGCCCGUGUUGAACGUCGCAGCUCUGGCCGGCGUUCAAUUCCCUGGCACUACUGCGUAUCCUGCCGCCCCUUAUGCUUUGCCGCCGCAGCUCGCUCCAUCGGUGCUUCAGAGUGCUGCUGCUGCGAUUCAGAAAUUAAGUCAGGCAAAACUACCGGAUGAGCUUAUAGCACGAGAAGUUGUUAUAAAUGACGCUGAUCCAUCUGUGCGAUAUAAGCUCACGAAGCGGCAAACACAGGACGAGAUUCAACGAUGCACAUGCACUGUCAUCAUUACAAGGGGAAAAUACCAUCCUCCUAAUGGACAGCCUGAUGGUGAGAAGCCACUCUAUCUACAUAUCUCUGCAGGAUCUCAGCUAAAAGAUACCGCUGAGCGCAUUAAAGCAGUUGAUCUUGCAGCCUCAAUGAUCGAGGACAUCUUGAAACAUGGCCAAAUGCCAGAAGCCACAUCAGCCAAUUUCCCUUCUAUCCAGAGCAACAGACAGGCUGUUCCUUUUAGCGCCUCAAUCUUUUUGGGUUUUGACGCAGAUCCAUCAUUGAACGUUGCAGCUCGCAUCCGUGGACCAAAUGAUCAGUACAUAAAUCACAUUAUGAAUGAAACAGGGGUCACUGUUGUACUAAGAGGAAAAGAUUCAGGGAACCUUGGCAAUUGUCAUGCUGAAGCAUCACAGCAACCUCUGCACAUACACCUAUCAGGUGUGCAUUUGAAGAGCCUAGAAGCUGCAAAGGUUUUAGCAGAAAACCUUCUAGAUACAAUAGCAGCGGAACUUGGCGCUUCCAGAAUUUCUUCUUCAAAAGUAUAUGGUGCUGUUCCACCUCCUCAGCAACUGUUGACUGGUGUGCACACCUCGGGAACAUCAGACAUGUGUGUGUCAACUGGAGCAUCACAUUCCUUUGCCCCUACUGGAGUUACUUCUCCCAUAGCUGCCCCUUCAGUGACACUUCAAUCUGGGGCGCCAACUUAUUCCGGGAUUCUCCCACCCAGUAACCUGAUCUAUCCUAGUCAAGCAGCAAAUCAUGGGGCUUUUUACAAUGGCUAUGGAGACAUCUAUCCCCAGGCAACUCCAUUGCAGCAGGUGGCAUUAACACUCAAGCAUGCUUCAUCUUCGACAACUCAGGUUAUUCCAGUGGCAUCCACAUCAACAAGCAUGACGACAAGUGUGAACACAAGUACAAAGUUGGAGGCAGAUAAACGCUCACAGAGGAGGAAAUUCCAGGAACUGCCAACAGCAGAUCUUCAGGUAUUUUCUCUGACCAUGUCUGAAGCUCGCAGGGUGGUAAUAGAUCUAUAUGUGUUCUUUUUUCCUACAGGGUUUAUUCCAAGUUGGAGUUUGCAAUCGCGAUGGUGUUUUGCUGAUAAGAUAUGCAGGGUUAUUCUGCUUGUAAUUGGAUGAUUACUUCUAUUUUCUUGUUGCUAAUGCAAAGUACCCUUGUUUUCAAUCUGUUGCUGCCAGCAUGCAGACUUCAUUAAAUGACAAUUAACAUUGCUACCAUACGCUUCAGCAAAUGACUAUUAACAUCGCUAGCAAUAUGGCAUUCUUGGCUGAUACAGUUUUCUUAAUAGGUAUUGGUAUUAAUCUGGUUAAGCCCCACUUUAUUCCUCUGAGAAAAUGCCUACAGUUCUGCAUUUAGAAAACUUGCUCGCUUAGUCACAGUAUAUAAUAACUAGUACAAAUUUUACUAUUUUUUGUUUAGAACGAAAUGGCUUUAUUAGACACUUAUAGGGAAGCUUUCCUUAUUUUCUUAGUUGUACAAACAUUGCCGUUCCCAACUUGCUAAGUCGGCAUGAUUAAUGGUUUUCCAUAUGUCAUGUUUACCUGUACUGCAAUUCGAUAUAAUUCAUGUAUUUAUGCACUGGUGGUGCUGUUUGUGGACAGUAGUUGCUGAUUUCAUCCUUCUUUUGCAUUUUACCAUUAAUAUGCUUUAAUUUAAUUCAAUGCAAAGGAAUUUGAUGGGAAAGUGUUUUUGUUUCAUGUUUCCAGAACUCACAACAGGGGUCCAAAUUUGUUAAGACAGGUUUAGAUGAUCUAGG